CUACGGAAGCGACGAUGGAUCUUCAAACUCUUAAAAUGGAUCAUCAUCAUCGAAGAUCCAACUCCAAGUCCAAGUCCAAGUCCAUCUCUAACUACAUUCCAAAAAAGCCUCACAAGUUCACCAAGAAGCGCUUGGAGUCUGCACAUCAAUCGGUUGCAGGCGAUGACUCCCUCCAUUUGCCCAUCGACUUGGAAGAGUUCUCGUUGCUUCCUGACAUUCCUGAGGCUCACCCAUUCCGUGGAUCUGCAGAGAGCUUCGUUACAUCACUGAGUCCCGAACUUCUACCUUCAUCGGAAACGAUUUCUCCGGCUUAUCUGAGUCCAUUACACUCCGCUAUCACUGCAAGCAAGGACGAAGCAGACGAUGUCUCGCUCGGCCUUUGCGCAUCGGCCGAAUCGAAGAACAGUAACGACAUUAUUGCUCUGGAGGCAGAGAUAGUGGUGAAUCAUCUCAGGCAAGCGCUAAGUCAAGUUGCAAAAGCAACUGACGUCGAUCUCCCGUCCAAAAUGCUGUUAAAUGCAUUGAUCGAGAUGGUGGUUGAGCAGUUCGAUGCUUUGCCGGAAGAGAGAGACAGGUUUGCUGAAGUUACUACGAAGAAAAUUCGAGUGGUGUUCCUGACUCUCCUUGCUUGGUUACUUGCUAUGUUUGCGGUGUUCCUCUUCGGUUCUAGGGGACGCAGCUCCGUUACUGGACCACCACCGACAUGAAAUCUGGCAUUAUCAGUUGCAGGCUCCUAAGACGGUUAGAUUUCUUCACUUGAUCAGGUCGCUUUUAGUGCCUCUGUCCCCUGCCUAAUCUCUGGAUUUAUUAGAUACCACUAAAUGUACAAGAAUAUUUUGCUCUGGAAGUUACUUCUUUACAUAACAAAUUUUCCAAAUACUAUUUUCUGUUUCUUUCCCACAUGGAAGAGGGUAUGAACUCA